AUGCCGCACAAGACUCCGCGCAAGUCCGCCCGCAAGUCCUCGCACAAGGCUUCCAGCCACACCGAACUCAACCUCGACGCCGUGAGCGACCAAGGUGUGGGUGACGCCCAGGUUGCCCAAGAGGCUCCCCCCAACAGUGCAUCUAUGGAGCGCUACCUACAAGAGCCGAACCCAGUAACUGCCAGAAUCGCCCUCGGUGGUGGUGAAGAGGUGGAGUGGCGUUAA